AUGAAGUUAGUUCGAUUUCUUAUGCGUCUUGCAAAUGAGACGCUGGUUCUGGAGCUAAAGAAUGGCACGGUUGUGCACGGAACUAUAGUAGGUGUUGAUGUAGCAAUGAAUACGCAUUUAAAGAAUGUAAAACUAACAGUCAAGCAUUCGAACCCUGUUUCUAUGGAUCAUUUAACUAUCAGAGGCAGCAACAUCCGCUACUUUAUCCUUCCAGACUCUCUUCCUCUUGAUACUCUUCUUAUUGAUGAUACACCUAUUCAAAGACCUCCGAGGGAAACGGGUCUACGCCCGCUUGCAAGAGGCAGAGGCAGAGGAGGCAGAGGGGCCCCCAGAGGGGCCCGUGGGGGCCCCAGAGGUGGAGGCUUCCGCGGUAGAUAA